ACCAACUCCACCCUCACUCACUAAACCCUAGCUUUAUCCUCUCUCUCUCUCUGUUCAUAUCUCACUCUCGGCAGCGACGCCAUUUACUGUAGCUUCGAUGGCUUCAGGAUUCGAGGAUGGAUUCUCAGCGGAGAAGCUCUUCGCGCAGGGAUACUCCUACACCUACGACGACGUGAUAUUCCUCCCUCACUACAUCGACUUCUCCACGGACGCCGUCUCCUUAUCCACGCGCCUCAGCAAGCGCGUCCCUCUCUCCAUCCCCUGCGUCGCUUCCCCCAUGGACACCGUCUCCGAGUCCCACAUGGCUGCUGCUAUGGCCGCGCUCGGAGGUAUCGGAAUCGUCCACUAUAACUGCGACACCGCCACUCAGGCUUCCCUCAUCCGCCACGCUAAAUCCCUCCGUGUUCCGAUUGCCUCCGACGCCGUUUUUAAGUGCCCUGACCAUCUGAUUGGUUCGGUUGAUGACUUUGGUCCUUCUUCCUUCGUUUUUGUCUCUCAGACAGGGACAUUGACACCGAGUUUGUUGGGUUAUGUCUCAAAAUCGGAGUGGUCUUCUAUGAAAGAUGAACAAAAGGAAAUGAAGAUAUAUGAUUACAUGCGUAGCUGUGAGAGCAGAGACUACUAUGUUCCGUGGGAUAUCGAUCUCGACAAGAUCGAUGCGGUUUUGGAAGAUAAGCAGAAAGGCUUUGUGGUUCUGGAGAAGGAUGGUGAGACCGUGAAUGUAGUGACAAAAGACGAUGUGGAGAGGGUUAAAGGAUAUCCUAAGUUAGGGUCAGGAACCGUUGGUCCGGACGGUAAGUGGAUGGUGGGUGCAGCCAUAGGGACAAGGGAGUCAGAUAAGGAGAGGUUAGAGCAUUUGGUGAAAGCUGGAGCUAAUGUUGUGGUGUUGGAUAGUUCGCAAGGGAACUCUAUUUACCAGAUUGAGAUGAUUAAAUAUGUGAAGAAUUUGUAUCCGGAGUUGGAUGUGGUCGGUGGGAAUGUGGUGACUAUGUACCAGGCUGAGAACUUGAUCAAAGCUGGAGUUGAUGGGCUGAGAGUUGGUAUGGGGUCUGGGUCUAUAUGCACUACACAAGAGGUUUGUGCUGUUGGACGUGGACAGGCUACUGCUGUGUACAAAGUCUCGACCCUUGCUGCUCAGCACGGUGUACCUGUUAUAGCAGAUGGAGGGAUAUCAAACUCUGGUCACAUUGUGAAGGCUCUAGUCCUUGGAGCAUCAACUGUGAUGAUGGGAAGCUUCUUAGCUGGAAGCACUGAGGCUCCUGGUGCUUACGAAUAUCGAAACGGUAGGAGAGUGAAAAAGUACAGAGGCAUGGGUUCAUUAGAAGCGAUGACAAAAGGAAGCGAUCAAAGAUACUUGGGAGACACCGCGAAGCUCAAGAUUGCACAAGGAGUGGUGGGAGCAGUGGCGGAUAAAGGCUCGGUGUUGAAGUUCAUACCAUACACAAUGCAUGCCGUGAAGCAAGGUUUCCAAGAUCUUGGUGCUUCCUCUUUGCAAUCCGCUCACGAGCUAUUGAGAGAAAAGGUCCUUAGACUAGAGGCUCGUACCGGUGCAGCACAGAUUGAAGGAGGAGUCCAUGGACUUGUUUCUUACGAAAAGAAAUCAUUUUAGCUUUUUCUGAGUUUACUUUCUUAUGUAACGCUGCUAUAAAGACCUUGUCUCCCUUGAUAUUUGGUGUAAUCUUAUUAUCGUGUUUCGUUUUGUUUAUGUUCGUGAUUUCAGUUUUGUAUUAAACACACAAAAAUGAAAGAUAAGAGAGCUGUUUGAUUGCUUAAACAUAUUUGUACUGCUCUCGUUUUUCUCCUUCAAUAAUACAAAAUGUUUGAUGGCUCAAAACAUUUAAAAACGGACCAAGGGGAAGUCAGACGUCAGGAGGCUUUGUUUCUGAGUUUUUGUUUUUACGUAUCCGCCAACAAAGUGUUGGAUUACAAUCUAUAGCAUGUUAAGUUACAACUUGUAAGCUGCAAUUAGUUUAUAAAAUCGAUCAUUGAUGUUUAUGACACUAAAGUAUGCCUAGUGCUUAUAUAACUAAACUUUAAACUUUGAUUUAAACAGUUUGGAUUAGCAUAACACCCUACGAUACCAACUUGUCCACUCUUGGUCUUGGUCAUAGUCUAAACUGUAUGGAUUAAAGUAUAACACCCAACGAUACCAACUUAUUCCACUCUUGGUCGCAACAAUUCCACGUUUGUUUAAUAGUUAAUUCCCAACAAAUGAUGCAUCAUAGUCAUUUAAUGGAUACUUAAACUUUAAAAUCGAUCUUCGAACAUGAGUUGUCACACGUAUAUGGAGUCCUGCUUUGGCACUCAUUUAAAUAAAUGGAGAGAGGGUUUAUCGGUAAGUUACAUUUUCUUUUGAAGAUUGGUCUGAACAUUUCUAUAGUUUGAGAUACCAAACUAAUAAAAAUUGUAUCGAACUUUUUUCAAAAAAAAAAAAAAAUUGUAUCGAACUUUGUUGUUUUAUUUGUCAUGUUUCAAAAUAAAAGUUUCAACGUGAUGCAAAAUUCAAAAUAGUAGUAGAUUUAAGUGAUUUUGUCUAUGGUUAGUUCAUACGUAGUUUUCUUUUUAAAAUAUACAAACUAGCAUAUACAAGCAUUAUACUUUGGAAAUUGCAAAAGUUAACAGUGGAGACUGCAAGAAAGCAAAUGAAGAACUAUAUAGCUAGAUGUGUGAUCCAAUGCUCCUACGCCCGUGUCCAAAUGAACGUCCAUCCUCCUAAGUCCUAACCCAUUCCGAGAUGAAUAAAGACAACACCAGAGAUAAGAAAAUUCAGAAUCACAUGCAUUCGCUGAAACAUAUGGGAAAUUGCACCCCUAAGAAUGUUAGAGCAUGUUUAUAGGCAGUCCUUAAGCUGGUAUCUUAGGUUUAGUUGCAUUAAAAAUAAAAGAAAAACAUGAAUUAAACUAAGCUCCGUCCCUUAAUUAAGGGAGCGAGGGCACGUCCCUUACGAGCCACGUGUCUAUUGUUCAUUGGAUUGAGGAGAAGUGGGUCUGUCGGUUUGGUCUCUUUUCUUUUUUUCCUUCUUUUUCUUUUCCUUCGCUCCUCUCUGCGUUCGUCGAUUUCUCUUCUUCAAGGAGCUUCUCCUCAACGAAACGUCGGCGCUCCCGGAGGCUUUUGUCGAUGAUGGAAAUCGGCGUCCCCUCUAUCAGUUUCUGUCUUCGACCAAAAAAAACGACGAGAUCUAAAACUCGUGGUGGCUGUCGGAGACGAAGGAGAACGGUGACUGUUUCAAGCGAAUCGAAAGGUCAAAUCUUUCUCUCUACCAGACGAAACCCCCCAAGAUUUUUUAUAAAGAUUGGAAGAACAAGAGGCAUGCUAAAGUUAAGGGAGGAUAAAGAAACGACAGAGUGAUGGUUUCUCGGGCACCGUUGCAUUGUCUUGUGAUAGUAUCUCAAACACAUACCAAUUGUUAAUCAAGGUAAAAGCUAUAGUUGAAGUGAAGUGGUGAAAGCACUGUGAUUUGAUAAAUGGUGAAAGGUCUGUGAUUUUCAGAAGAAGAGUAUAGUUGUUGUUGUAGUCUUGUGUAGUCAGUCACGAGAGAUGUAGUUGUUGUGUGUGUGUAGUGAUGAGAAAUGUAUGUGUGUGUGUGUUCUCGUUGUAGUCUGGUGUCACAAGACACCCUUGUAAUUCACGAGACACACUUGUAAUUCAUAAACAAACUUUAUAAAUCAGAUACCAUUCUUCUCUUUCUCAAAA